UGGUAAAAACCAACAUCAGUGACAUGAUUUAGAAGUGAAACACAAGCAAUACAAUUUUGUAAUAUGUUGGCAUUUCGUUGUUCAUUGGAGUCAGGCUAUUAAUUAUUUUGCUUCAUGUCCAAGGUUAGGAAAUUCAGUUAACAUUUGAACAAAAUUUUAAAUCAGUUUCUAUUGCUUCAAAGUGAAAAAAACGAAAGACUUAAGCAACGAACCACAAAGUAGCUGCAUACAUGCAUACAUACAUACAUAUAUUCGCAUUUGCGUCAAUGUCGAAUUUUCUCCAAAUGAAACCGGUUUAAGCAAGAAUUAUGAAUAACUUUUUGCUUUGUUUAAUUUUCAUUUUGCCCUUUUGUGCAUUGGUAAAAUUGGAAUAUGCAUUUAACGAGCCCAAAUACAAGUGCCCGACAAAGGCUCUAGUCAUAUACCCAUGCACUUGCUGGAGAAACUCUGAUGCGGGUAUCUAUGUGAAAUGUGAAAACUCAAACUUAGCGACACUCUCGGUUGCGCUUGAAAACCUUGGAGCUUUAGGCACACCAGUGGAGCAUUUGGAAAUUGUUAAAGGACAUUUUGUACGUCUAUACGGGCCAGUGUUUUCUAAAGUAAGCCCAAGAUUACUUACCAUUACUGAUACGCCAAUCGCAACAAUUGAGAACUUUCCCUUUUUUGGUGUAAACAAAACUAUAGAGGAACUGCGUAUUGUACACAGCAAUCUAUCAUCGUUUACACCGCUGUCAUUUGGGAUAUUAGGAAAUGCAAAGGAACUUGUUAUUGACGGCCAUUCAUUGAAAAAUGUCAAUAAAAACAUUUUUGAGAAUCAAAAUAUUGGAAACAAGUUGGAAGUUCUGAGAAUUAUUAACGGGCCACUAAAUGAUGUUCCAAUUGAAGCGUUUCAGCCUCUACGUAAACUUAAAGUACUUGAUUUACAUGGCAAUCAAUUGGAAACUCUAAAAAGAAAUCAGUUCAAAAAUUUGAGAUCUGUGGAAGUUUUAGAUAUAAGUUUUAAUAACCUUAAAAAACUUGAAGCACAACAUAUAGCAGACAUGACCAAGCUGGGAUGGUGUAAUGCGUCUCAUAAUGCACUUACAGAAAUUUCCAGAGGAACUUUCGCUCGUAAUUCCGUAUUGAAAUUGCUCAACUUAUCACACAAUAACAUCACACGUUUGGAUGCUAAUAGUUUCCGAGGGAUGAGGUUUUUGAGGCGUCUCUUUUUGAGCGAUAACAAAAUUAUUGAUGUCGGCAGAGGAACUUUUGGCUCUAUCGGAAAAAUCGGUACAAUUGAUUUAGCUAGGAACUUUUUAAAGAAAGUUGAUUUUCAAAUGUUUUCUCAACUCAAUUAUGUCGAGUUAAUUGAUUUGGCUGAAAAUAAUAUAACAGUGGUUGAAAAGCAUUCCUUUAAGGACAUAUACCAAGCGACUAUUAAUAUUUCACACAACUCUUUGGAAAAAAUAGAACAGUACGCAUUUGAGAAUUGCGUAAACAUCACAGUUUUGGACUUGUCGUUCAAUAGACUAGCAAACUUUUCGCGCAAUGCAUUUGAUAUUACGACUUUCGCUACCGAUUUUCAGUUGAGCUACAAUUUUCUCACAAAUUUAGCGCAGAUACCCUUUCAAAAUAUGACGGGAAUCAAAGUUAUAAAUGCGUCGCACAACUACAUAGCAGAGGUGCCAAAGAACUGUUUUCCAAAGCUAUACGAAUUACACACUAUUGAUAUUUCGCACAACAACAUUUCGCUGAUUGCCAAUGGCGUCUUUCAGACACUCUUUUCCCUACGCUUUUUAAAUCUUAGCCAUAAUAGUCUAACCGAAAUUAAGUCCUCAGUUUUUGGUACACUCCCCACUUUGCUCGAUAUGAAUCUCAGUCAUAAUAAGUUGACAUCUAUUGUGCGAGGAGCACUGGCUAAACUUACAAGUCUACGUUUUUUGGAUCUCAGCAAUAAUCAGUUAGAAAAGCUAUUUCAAAUUCCAAUUUCCCUAAAUGACUUGAAUUUAGAAAGGAAUCACUUAACAGGAAUACCAGCAGGUACAUGGCCGGUUAUGAAUUCGUUGCUGUUCCUAAACCUAAAUGACAAUCAAAUUGGAGAUUCCUUAACUGCACAAAGCUUCACAGGUCUGCUGGUGCUGCAAAAAUUGUACCUUAACAAAAAUAACAUCAGUCAGCCACCCAUCGAAUGCCUGGCCGGUAUGUCAACACUUCAGUAUUUGCACCUUGAGGAAAACAACCUAACAAGUUUGGAGAAAAGUGCUUUUGGAAAAUUACCAGUACUUUUUGAACUCAAUUUGCACCAUAAUGGUGUUAAUGAUAUAAGUAAACGCGCGUUUGAAGGUCUUCUACAACUACUUACACUCAAUCUGUCUUCCAAUGCAAUCAAAAAUAUACAAAACGACGCCUUUGUUGGUUUACCAUCUCUGAGGAAAUUGGAUCUAUCUUUUAACCAGUUGUCGAAAUUAGAUAAUAAAACAAAUGGCGUACUUGACGAUUUACUCAGCUUAGAAGAGUUGAAUUUAAGUCACAAUAAAAUCAGUUUUGUUACAAAGAAGACCUUUCCUUCGAAUCGGUAUAUACCGUAUAAUUUAAAAUAUUUGGACUUAAGUUAUAAUCAAAUGCCAGUUCUAACGUAUGACAUUACCUUUGGCACGAAAAAGCUACUUACCUUAAAUUUGUCCAACAAUCAUAUAAAUGAAAUUCGAAGAGGCGUUUUAGCGAAUUUUACUCUACUUCAAUCACUUGAUCUAUCCAAUAAUGAGCUAAGUAAUCUGGCCUCGGAAGACCAUGUGUUUGAUCUCCCUACAAAUCUGACGAAAAUUAAUUUGAGCAACAACCAGAUAUACAAAAUACCGUUCUUCAACUUCCAAAAAGAUGUAAAGCUGGAAAAUAUUGAUAUGCGAAACAACAAACUUAAUGAGUUUCCACAAAUAUUAGUACAAAUGGUCCGCAAUGGUUCUAAUAUAUAUUUUGCGGGAAAUCCUUUAGACUGUAGUUGUGCUGCACGACCAUUAAAGCAUUUUAUGAUGGAAAAGUCAAGUUUAGACGAAGACUUAGAGAAUAUAGAAUGUGGAACACCUAGUUUUCAUCAAAACCUACGAUUAAUAGAAGUGCUCGAUGAAAAUCUGCAAUGCGUAUUGGACGAAAGAGACCGCUAUAAAGGCGUGGCUUAUGAAGAACUUACCGAUGUACAGUUUCGAGACAUUAAAACCAAUCGCAAUGGGAAUCUUACAGUGCGCUUUUUUGUUACGGCUGCCAGAGAUAUAGCCGACUUUUUGGUUUAUAUACGAAACCGCGAAAAUGAUGUAUUGUACCAAGGAGAAGCAGGCUACAAUGAGCGUACGCAUGAAAUACCAAUCAAAAACAUUAAAAAGGUGAAUGGGGAAAAUUCCGAAAUAUGUAUAAUCUCUAAGGACAGCAAUGGCAUCACGGGUCGUUGGUAUAGCGCACAAUGCACACAUCUGCCCGAUUUAAAGCCAAAACGUAAAGGCAUUUUCGGAUUUACUUCGUCGAGUUCGGCCGAUGCUCAAAGCGUAGCUGUGUGUCCUAUCAUAAUUUCUGUGGUCAUGCUUAUUCUUUUAGUUGACGUCCAAUUUUUAUGAAAAUUUAUAUAUGUAUGUAAAUACUGCCACAGUAACAAUUUGAGCACUGCCUAGUAAUAUUCAU